UCACAGACAGCAGUCAUGGACCAGAAGGCCGGGGAAACAGACGAGGCCUAUCAGGCCCGCAUGUUAGCCUGGAGUACCGAGACAAAGAAGCGGGCAGAUGACGCUGCCGCAACAGCCAAGAAAAGGGCAGAGGAUGCCGAACAGGCACGUCUGCUGGCCGUGCAACAACAGCGCCAGCACGAUGAGGCAGCAGCAAGGGCUGCUGAUGACGAAAGAACACAGCGUCGUGAGAAGAUAUUCACCGGAGAGCGGGUCUUACUUACCAUGGCAGCAGAAUGGCGAAGCGAGGCCGAGAACAGCCAGUUGGAGGACAGCGCAAACAAGAUAGCGCUCCUCCUCUCGCAUCUCACGGAUCUCCUGGCAACCUGCAUUACACAGCAAGCGGAGAUCCUUGGUCUCGACAACUCGGUAGCUCAGCUCCAAGACCGCCUUCAGCGGGUGGAGCAGCGACCAGUCGCUGCCGCCGACGCAGGCUCUUCCAAUACUACCGAUUGCCUCACCGCAUUGGAGAUGCACGUUGGCUGCCUCCAGGACGGCGCACAGUUACAACAGACCGUGACGCAACAAUUACAGCAACGGAUUUGCACUACCGCCACCACCUCGAGUCCGGAGCCACGCGAGACAGCUCCUAAGUUCGAUGGGCAGGAGAUCUUCCACGACUCAAUCAAGACAGAUCCAAUUCCAUGGUUUCGCAAGUCUAAGCUCACGCUGCAGCUCCACAACGUCAAGGAGAACAAGCACCAUGCUUACUUGUAUUCUCGCUCAGGGGGCGCGUGUCAGGCGUGGUUGGACAACUUGUUGUCCAAGUAUGGAGUGGUAGCAGCGGACUUGCACACCAUGAUCAGCUGGGAUGAUCUGAAGGCAGCGUGGCACAAGCGGUUCCAGUUGGAGCCGCCAGAGAUCAAAGUCAUGGACACGCUUAUGGUCUUCGAGCAAGGCUCGCUGCCGAGUACGGACUGGAUCGCCGAGUACCAACGCUUGACRUCAGUCCCAGACAUCCAGAUGGGCUUCAAGGCCAUCCGCCACUAUUUCAUCUCAAGGUUAUGUCCGGCAUUGAGCAAUGCCCUGACGCAUGUCGAGGACACCUUGACGACGACAGCGGAACUAUUCGACAAGGCUGCGCAGAUCAUCGUUACGAACAAGGAGGCCAAGAACCUCCGUUCUUCUGCGUCAGGCCCGAGCGGGAACCAGCAUCGGCCACGAGUGGCCGUGGUCGCAGCGGCAGCGCCGUUAGACCAAACCAGCGAGGCUGCGCCUGCCAGUGAAGGAGACAGAUUCGCAGCCGCCCGGGAAGGUGGCCGCCAGCCCGAGGAGAUCGGCAUAUGUUUCCUACGGACCGUCGCGGUAGCCGACUCUUCACCCACGGACUUGGCUUCGGACCCCCGUGUGGUACGGUUGCUGGACGAGUUCGCCGACAUCUUCGAGUCACCUACCGGUGAGGUGCCGGGUCGGCCGAUCUCUCACGAGAUCAUUCUUGAGGCCGGUGUCGUGCCGCCGAAAGGUUGCAUCUAUCGGAUGAGCGAGGAGGAGCUUGAGGUACUCCGCGCACAGCUCGAUGAUUUGUUGGCCAAGGACUGGAUCCGCCCGAGUAGCUCCCCAUAUGGAGCACCAGUUUUCUUCAUCAGGAAGAAGAACAAGGAUCUACGAUUGUGUAUCGACUACCGCAAGCUCAACGCGCAAACCGUCAAGAAUGCGGGGCCUCUUCCUCGCAUCGACGAUCUUCUCGAGCGACUGGGCGGUGCGAAGUAUUUUUCCAAGUUGGGUUUGAAAUCAGGAUAUCAUCAAAUCUCGAUUCAGCCGAACGACCGCUACAAAACCGCAUUCAAGACGCGGUACGGACAUUUUGAGUGGGUGGUCAUGCCUUUCGGCCUCACCAACGCCCCGGCGACAUUCCAGGCGGCGAUGACCAAUGAGUUCCGUGCAAUGUUGGACCGGUUCGUGCUGGUCUACUUAGACGAUAUUCUCGUCUACAGCCGGACAUGGGAGGAUCAUCUUGGACAUCUUCGACGAGUGUUGGAGACGCUCCGCCGUACCAAGUACAAGGCCAACCGUGACAAGUGCGAAUUUGUCCGGCAAAAGCUGGAAUACUUGGGCCAUUUUGUCACACCGGAGGGCAUCAGUCCGCUAUCAGACAAGAUUCACGCCGUCCAAGAAUGGUCGGAGCCUCGGAAUGUCACGGAUGUCCAAAGUCAAACGGAUGUCCGACCGUUUGACUUUGGAGAGGAGGCGCGGGGAUCAUUCCUCGCUCUCAAAGCUGCGCUAUUGUCUGCGGAGGUCUUGCGAAUCUACGACCCGCUUGCGCCUACGCGUGUCACUACGGAUGCGUCAGGCUAUGGCAUUGGUGCAAUCCUCGAGCAACAUGAUGGUGUGGACUGGCACCCGGUCGAGUACUUCAGCAAGAAAGUGUCCACGCAAGAAGGAGUUCCUCGCCUUCGUCCCCGCGCUCAAGCGGUGGCGGCACUUCCUCCUUGGUCGAAGCCAAUUUCGCUGGGUAACGGACAACAAUCCAUUGGUCUUCUACAAGACCCAAGACACCGUCAACAGCACCAUCGCUCGAUGGAUGGCUUUCAUCGACCAGUUCGACUUCUUUCCCGAUCACAUUCCCGGGAAGUCGAACUGUUUUGCGGAUGCUCUUUCACGGCGUCCGGAUCAUUGUACCGCGGUCUACUCGACUUUCGAGAUUGACGAUGGCCUGCGGAACAGCUUCAUCCGCGGCUACCAAGCCGACCCCGAGUUUCG